AUGAGCGCCGCUAGUAGCAGACAGCGACAAAACCAGUCGAAGCGUGAUGAGGCAAUUCGCCGUAAGAUGGAGGCCGACCUCAACAAGAAGAGGCACAACCCGACCAAGGCGAGAAAUGCCCGCAAAGCCCCGCCGGGCACCGUGCUCGCCUUGAAGCCCAGCCAGGCUCUCCAGAUCAAGCCCACCCUUAGCAUUGCCGAGGCCGCCCAGUUGAUGGCCGCGAAGCGGGAGGAUUGCGUCUUGGUUACCGAUGAUGAUGAGCGCAUUGCUGGUAUUUUCACCGCAAAGGAUUUGGCUUUCCGCGUGGUUGGCGCUGGCCACAAGGCGCGCGAGGUGACCGUGGCCGAGAUCAUGACCAAGAACCCCCGUGUGCGCGGACUGACACAAGCGCUACCGAUGCGCUUGACCUGA